AUGGAGGCUGAGGCUAGCUAUGAUUUUGUUGCCAACGCUGAAGAUGAACUUGGAUUUAAAAAAGGAAGUCUCUUAAAGAUACUAUGUGUGGAAGACGAUCCUAACUGGUACCUAGCCGAACAGGAAGGCCGAACAGGUUUAAUACCGUGCAAUUACAUCACAAUGCGUCCUCACCCUUGGUACAUCCGACACUGUAGUCGUAUGGAAGCCGAAGAAAGACUUCAAGAAAUCGAUCAAGAAACAGCACAACAUUUGCAACCUGAUGGGGCUUUUAUAUUGCGUCAAAGUGAAGCAGACGGUAAAGGAUUUAGUUUGUCUGUCAAACAAGGUUGUGAAGUUCUUCAUUUUAAAGUACUUCAAGACGAAGCUGGAAAAUAUUUUUUCUGGUUAUCCAAAUUUGAUUCCAUUAACCAAUUAAUUGAUCAUCAUCGAAAGACAAGUAUAUCACGUAAUCGUUUAUUGACUUUGGUUGAUCUUGUCCCAUCUAAGCGUUUCCCUACGAAUGUACGAAAAUAUCAACUUGAUCGAGUUAUAGCCCGGUUUGAUUUCGAGACCAAAGGUGCCGGUGAAUUAUCUUUACAUCGUGGUGAUGUUAUUGAAGUGAUUAAUCGUAAUGAUGAAAAUUGGUGGCGUGGUCGUACAUCCGAUGGACGAUGUGGCCUAUUUCCAUCAAAUUUUGUAGAUGAUUUACCUUCAGUCAUAUAAAUAAAUUUUCAGUAAAAUAUUGCUUUAAAAACUAGUAAGUAACUAAUCAAUCAAUCAUUCACAAAUGUUGCCUCGUUAACUUUCUUUUAUACUUUCUGUGUGUGUGUGUGUGUGUUUGGGCAUAAGCAUCUUUAGUUUCUGUAAACAUAUACAUAUAGCUCUCUUUUUCUCUCUGUUUAUCUUACUGUCAAGGCUUUAACCUCGUUCAGCUUUGUAUUCAUAUACUCUUUUCCAAUAGCUAUAUAUAUAGCUAUUUAUCAUAUUAAAUAUCGUGAAAAAGAAAAAAAAAAUAGAUAAACAACAAGUGCAUAUAAUUUACAUAAUAGAGCACAAUAAACCUCUUUGUUUAUUUUACAUAUUGUUCUUUGUCCAAUUUCUUUGUGUGUGUGUGUGUGUUUGUUUGUUUUUCUUCUUCAAAUAUUGAUUUAUCUUCUUAAAAUUUAAUCGAAAAUAUAAAAAGAAUAAAUCAAGUUAAUAUUUACAAUUAAAAAAUGUGAUUAACAUAUUAAGUAGUAUAAUAAUUUUUAUUUCAAUAACAUUUAAUGUUUUUCACUAGUUGUUUAGGGCCUUCUUAUUUGCUCGUCUUGAUUUAUUAUUAUUAUUAUUAGACAUUGAAUUCAAAUAAUUACGUAAUCAAUGAACAAUUUUCUGUCUUAAUUGAAUGUAUAAAUUCUCUUAUUGAUGCUGUGUUCUGCCUUGAUAUAUAUAUAUAUAUAUAUGGAUGUUGUCUACGAAACUCGUCUAUUUUACUGUCAUUAUUGAUAUUUCUUUGUAUUGCAUUGUUUGUUGUUUCUCUCCGAGUCUUUGUUAUUUUCUUACUCAUACUACAAUAUUAUUAUUAUUAAUUAUAGAUAUUCUUAACUGUGCAAUACACUUUAAUCAAUUAUUAUGCAUGUACGCACCAUUCAUCAUCACACUUGCUGCCAUUUUUGCUUAUUUUGUAUUUCCUCUUUGUUUUUCCUUUCUUUCACUAGUGUAUAUCUUCAGUGUCUUGUUAUUUUAUCUUGUCCCAUUUUGUUGUCGUUGCCAUUGUAUGGGUUAACCGUUACCACUCAUAUCUUUUUUCUCAUGUACAUUGAUCAGUCUAUAUGGUUUGAGGCUGAUUUUUUUUUUAAAAAAAUUUCCAAUUUACCAUGUUUUGUUUUGUUUCUUGUGUUCAUUCCGUUUAUGGAUUAAUAUAAGAGCGUGGAACAGACGACUAUGUGAAUAAUUGCAUUAUCAUAUUAUUAUUAUUAUUACAAAAAGUUUACAUUCUGAUGUUAUUAAUGUCUCUUUUUUAAAUCUUUUUAUAGUAGUGACUUGUGUUCAUCAGCAUUUUAUUUCCUAGUUUGCUUCUAUUGCUGACUAUAGCUGUUAUCUUCUAUCAGUUAUUGAACUUUUCAAUUCUAAUUGUCUGUUUGAGUUAUUUUGGUUUAAAUACUUCUACCUUGAAAUCAUAACACCCUGGUCAAGUUGUUUAAAGCAUGAUCUAAUCAAAUAAAACAAAUAUAAAUUCUAAAUACAAAGUUGUACUACUC